GUUAUCCUACACAUGUGCAAGCCAUUUAAAUUUGUCUUGUGAUCGAGCACAGGUAAUAAGACCAGGAAGAAAAUUACAUUGAAAUUUUCCUAGGAUAUCAAAGAGAAUCACUGUGAAAUAAAUGGCGAGUAGUUUGACUAUGGACCCCGAGUACAGCCUCCAGGAUGUCAUACGGUGUCAUUCCUGUGAAACCUCUAUUCCCACUUUGCACUGUGCCCUCUGCAAUAAGAGUAUGUGUAAUGUAUGUGUAGGAGAACAUCUCUCAGACGAAUCCAAAAAUCACAAGGUGGUGUCUUAUAAAAAAAGGGAACCUACUGCUAUAUACCCGGAGUGUACAACACAUUCGACUGAAAAUUGCGAACUUUUUUGUGAGCAAUGUCAUAUUCCUAUCUGUGUGAAGUGUGCUUCCUCAUACGAACAUAAAGGUCAUGUGUUUGUAGCAAUAACACAGGAAAUCAAAAGCAAAAGACAAAGUUUGGAAAAAGAUUUAAAAGAGUUAGAGAAAUUUGUUUAUCCCAAAUACCUAAAGCUUGGGAAAUACAUUCCAGACCAGAAAGCUAAGCAUUUUAUGCAUUUUCAACAGUUGCUUAAAUCUAUCAACAAACAUGGGGAAAACUUGCACAAAGAAAUAGAUAUCAAUUUGGAGAAACUGAAAUCUAAUCUUAAUGAAAUGACUUUUAAAUUUAAUAAUGUACUAGAGAUACAUGAAAAGAAAAUUAUGCAAAUUAUAUCCGAAAUAGAACAAAGCAUAGCUGAUCUGAGGAAUGUACUGAAAUCCAAUGAUGCCGGGGUUCUUCCUACAUACAAAUCUGAAAUUGCCAGGUUUGGUAGAUUGCUUCCGAAAAUUACAAUUUCCUUGCCGGUUUUUACGCCAUACACGAUCAAUAAAGAGAACAUUUUUCGACAGUUCGGCCGUCUCUCAGAGUUAGAUAUUAGAACGGAGGAAUAUUGCUAUCCAAUGGAUGAGCCCAGUGCGGAGAACAACUUUACUUACAAACCAAUCAUUGAUGAUUUUCGGGUUAUCACAGAUAUAGACACCGACUAUGGAAACACUGAUGGGCUGCUUAGUGUGUCUUGUCUAAGUGAUGAAUUAAUUUGGACUUGUGGAAGUGGAAUCGACAUGAGAUUGUACAAUCAUCAGGGAGAAAUAAUUAAAUCAAUCCAUACGAAAUCAGGGAGACAACCAUGGGACAUAACCGUGACUAGAAAUGGGGAUCUAGUUUAUACCGAUCCGUUGGACAGAACAGUCAAUAUAGUAAAAAAUAGACAUAUUCAGGAAGUGAUCAGACUAUAUGAUUGGACCCCUCUUAAUGUUUGCAGUACCUCGUCUGACGAUCUGCUGGUUACAAUGUUCAGUAAUAAAGGUAAUCAAACGAAACUUGUUCGUUACACUGGGUCAAUCAUAAAACAAAUCAUUCAAUUUGACGAGAGUGGCAAUUCCUUAUAUUCAUCAGAUGGAAUGUUUAAUACUACUCAUGUCAGUGAAAACAGAAACCUAGAUAUAUGUGUUGCUGACAGUUAUGGUGGUGCAAUAAUAGUGGUUAAUCAGGCUGGUAAACUAAAAUUUGUAUACAGUGGCCCUCCCUUUGCUGUCAGGGGAUCAUUUAAUCCAGUUGGCCUUACUACGGACAGUCAUGGUCAAAUUCUGACGGCAGAUUAUUACAACGAUUGUAUCCACAUCCUAGAUCAGAACGGGCAGCUUAUCUGCUACAUUGAUUACUGUGAUUUACACGGACCAAUGGGUUUAUGUGUGGAUAAUAAUGACAGCUUAUUCGUUGCUGAAAGUGACACAGGUAAAGUUAGAAAAAUACAAUAUUGCAUAACAGAGAUCUAAUUGUGCUUGUAUACAUGUAGUAUUAUGCUUGAUGGACAAUAAUUGAGUUGCAAUAAACUAUGCAAAAAAUAAAUAUCGUUUGCACUGUAAAUGAUUAUAUGGAGUAGAGAUUUUAAAUGUUGAAAAUGUGUAAAAUAAAUAUCCUGAUGAAGAUGUUUCAUAUGAUCAAACAUUACUUAUCAUUAUCGUUAUGAUGUAUGCUGUGUAGAUAAACAUGAAGAAAUUAAAAGUUUAUCAAGACUAUCCUUAAAUAAAUAUGUAUUAUCUGAACAUGAUAGUAUUAAACCACUGUCCCACCAUACAGUACCGAUCAGACCCAACCUAACACCAGAGUAAACCCCAACUAAACCCCGGGUUUACUUUUUGGGUUUACUUGGGGUUUACUCUGGGUUUACUUUUUGAAAAUGUGGGUCCACUCGGGGUUUACUUUGGGUUUACUUUUUGCUUUUAAGGUCAACUGUAUGCACUGAAGUGUGAAGCAGACUAGUAUUUUAUCUUACCAUCCUACUGCCUGUAAUUCCUACCCUUUGUAUAUUCCGAAUACACAGUUAACGUCUGCUUUCAGGGGCAUACUUCUGACUGGGUUUACUCUCUGUGUCCACUCUGGGUUUACUUUGGGUUUACUCUGGGUUUACUCUGGGUCCACUCUAGUAAACCCGAACCCAGGGUUUAGUUGGGGUUUACUUUCUGUUAGGUUGGGUCUGAUCGGUACUGUACCUAUUUUGGCUUAAUUAAUGGUUUAAUUCAAUUUAACAAUUUCUGAUUAUAAUAUUCUACAGAUAAAUUAGAAAAAUAAAAAAGACUACAGUGGUCUUAUGUGUGUUUUAAGGAUUUCUGUUAUAUUAUUAUAUGUGCAGUGUAAAGCCCCUUUCACAAUUGGCGCGCGAGCACUUUACAACA